GACGCAAACUGACCAACCACAGCCACUAAUAAGGUCACGUGAGAGUGUUCUUCUAAUGCUUUCCUGGAGCCCCUAUAUUACUAUAAAUAGCCUAAAUUAUCCCCGCCAAUUCGUCGCGGCUCAGAUCUUAGAUCUGUUCGUUUUGACCACACAGGCGUAGCACAGCCAGCCAGUUCCAGCGACGACAUCAACAACACCAUCGUUCAGCUACAAACUACAAGCAACGCCCCCGACGUCGACAGUAGCAACACGACUCUACGACUACCACGUACACAAGCUACCAACAGCUAACCGCAGCUUCUCUUCUCGACCCUGUUUGUGUGAUUUCUUCACCACGAAAAUAACCAGAAUCCGACACCUGCGAAGAACAUCUGUAUUCAAGAACCCGGCCCGGCAUAGAAGCCCUAACAUCACGACGAGUGAUCGCUCUGCCCUAACGCUUUAACUUCUUAUAUACAGACAUUUACCACUGUGUACUCUAAGAACCGUUUGUAAAUACAACUAAAUAGAUGAAGGUAAAGAAAUUAAUAAUACCCAUCUUUAAGAACAUUUGAUGUAGAAAUUCUAAUCAACUUUGUUUAGUCUCAGCCAAGAUCUCAAAAAAAUAAAAGGAAAAUCAUUAUUUGUCAAGAAUAUCUAAUUCAUUUCUAUUUACUACCAUGCUGGUUCUUUCCUUUUGGAGUAUUUUAUUCUUCGUCUUUCUUCAUUUUACAGAUGUCCUAACCACAAUGUGGAACGUAGAAAUUUGUUUCCUUCAGGCAUAUUACUACUCAGCUGCAGUUACUUUGAACAAUGAAUCGAAAACCUUAAGCAGUAUAAAGUUGCAAAAAUGCUUCAACAAUAAUUUUGAAUUAAUCAGUAGAGAAAAGCCAAGUUUCAUCGAAGUUAAUGAGUAUACUGGUUACAAGGCAGUUGUUCAAAAUAAAGAUCUUCAAAAAAUGUAUGCUUUUGAGUGCCAGUCACAAUGUGUUGGGAAACAAAAGUUAGAAGAAUGGAUACACUGGAACCUUGAAGUUAUUCACAGUGAGAUAAACGACAGUUAUGACUAUUCUAUUGAGAUAAGGCCUUAUGGUGAAAACAAAAUAAUGUUUAAAACAAAUUCUAGAACAUCAAACACAUCAUUCUUCCUGCCCACGAAAAUGAAUAGAAAGUCAAGAAUGGAGUUAUUAACUACAGGAAAAUUUUGGCCAGAAAAGAUUGUAUUUGUUCAAAAUGAAGAUCUUCAAGAAACAUAUGCUGUUGAGGUCCUGUCAAAUUGUUCUGAAAACCAGAAAUUAGAAGAAUGGAUACACUGGAACCUUGAAGUUAUUCAUAGUGAGAUAAACGACAGUUAUGACUAUUCUAUUGCAAUAAGGCCUUAUGGUGAAAACAAAAUAAUGUUUAAAACAAAUUCUAGAACAUCAAACACGUCAUUCUUCCUGCCCACAAAAAUGAAUAGAAAGUCAAGAAUAGAGUUAUUAACUACAGGAAAAUUUUGGCCAGAAAAGACUAUCAGACUGAAGAAUCUGGAAACUUCCAUUAUAUAUUCCUGUAGUUAUAUUCUUAAACAAAGGACUCAUUAUCAUGAAUGUUCACAGAGAAAUGAUCUUGUGUGGAUAAUAGAACUAACCACUCAUUCCAAACUAAUUAGCCUCAUCACACAAGUAAAGAUAUUUGUUGGAGUGACCAGCAAUGGAACAAACUCUUCACAAGGACUAACAUUCAGAAAGUUAGCUUAUUUCCCCACAUUCUCUGCUCCCACCAAUAUUGGAACCGUAAGCAUUGAUGAGGUUGAAAUAUACUUUGAAGAUUAUAACAAAUCUUUUGAUAUAUCCAAAAUUGUCAUGACAAGAAUACUUACAGGAGAAGAAUAUGGUUGUGUUAACAUACAUAAGACAAUCCCAGCUAAAUAUUCAUGUAAACUACAGAAAAGCAAAAAUUGGCUGUUGAAAGUUAUUUCACCUGAAGAAGAAGAAAGAAAGUUUUUUGUAGAAAUUAUUCAAGACAAGUUAUCUUCUUUCUCCAGAAACUUGACAUGGAAACGUUUCACUUUUUAUGGAGAUGGCUAUAUCAUGUAUUUUAAUCUGAAGACGUAUGAAGACGAUGAAAUUACAAGCUUAAAACUCCAUUUCUUUGAUAAAUCUCUUAGAAUCAGUGAAAUAAGUUUAACCAAGAAUCACCCAGAGUAUAAAUUCAAAACAAAUGAAGAAAGAAAAUUGCAGAAUAGUUCAGUGACAGAAUUUACUCGAAUAACAAAAGAGAAAGGUGAGAAAAUACAGUCAACUAAAUCAUGUCACAUUAUGAACAUUAUGAAAAUAGUUAUUGGCUCCCUUGCAGUCAUUAUAUCAUUCUUGAUCAUCAUCAUCACCAUUCUCAGAAUCAGAUACAAUACACUCAGAAACAGCAUAAACAAGGUUAACACAUCAACAAUUCAAGACGUUGCUGAAUAUGAUUAUUUCACCAUGCAAACAAACACUCCAGUUCAUAUUAGUGAACCCAGUCAAGGAUUAUCAUUACAAAGUAACUCUCUAGACAUUGCAGAAUAUUGCCUCAUGCAAAGUCCCAACUCAGUUGAGCCCAGUGAAGGAUCAACGUCUUCAUAUCUUAACCCUCAAGAUGUAUGUAAAAGCAAAAAUCCAAUAUCAGAAAAGUCAGCUCAAAUGUGUAAUACUCCAAUAUAUGAAGAACUUACAUGAAAAGAAUUCCUCACCCUGUUGAUAAUCCUCAUAUUGAACAACUCUUCACACAGCCUAUUAAAUAUUUAUGAAGAUGAAAUUUCAAUGUUUAGCAAUUUGGAAAAUAUACUGCCAAAUGAAUAACUUUUAAAUAAUAUAUUGAAUGAUUUCUCAUUAUUCUUAACUUAAAAAGAAAUCUAAAACUUAAAAAAAUGUUUAAUAAAUUGUUCCCUUUG